AUGACGCUGGCGAAGAAGAAGUUGGCGCGGCGGCAGCGGCAGGAGCAGCUGAAGGAGCGUGAAAGGCUCAUCCAGUCGCGUCUGCGCCUUGCAGAGGAGGUGGAGGUGGAGUAUGUGCUACCUGAUGAUGACGAGAAUGAGAAGAAUAAUGAGCUGGGUACCGCACCCGCUCUACUCGCCACCGGUGAUGCACAGACCAACAGCAACGACGCUGACGACGAGGACCGCGUGCAACUGCCGUCCGUCAGCGUCAGCGAGGCGCCGAAGCUCACAGGGAAGAGCGGGAGGCGCCGGGAAAAGAUCCCGUGGGAAUCACUGAAGGUCACCGUGGCAGAGCGCUACGGUGCGGCAGCGAGUGCCGUUGUGGAGGAGCACGACGGUAACGCUGAAGACCCACUCUUCACGGUGCUGCUCAAGUCGACACGCCGCACGGUACCGGUGCCGCGGCACUGGAGCCAGCUGCGUGCGUUUCUCUCGAACCAGGCGGACCGCGAGCGGGCGACAGAGAUCGUGCCGCCGGAGAUCGCCACUCUCGGCGUAGAGCGGAUCCGCGCCACACGCGACAAGAAGGCCAACCCCGACCAGAUCGCCUUUGUCACGUGCUUCAUUACGGGUACCCCGCUGCGGCGCAAGCGGUUCCACGUGAACAUAAGCAGCUUUGGCGACAUAUUCUAUGAGGGAAGGUGGCUGCCGCGUACACAGCACGAGCCCGGCGUGCUCUCGCAACGGCUGCGGGCAGCGCUGGGGAUGGGGCCGCACUCGCCGCCGCCAUGGCUGUACGGCAUGCAGGCGAUGCGGCGUCUGCCACCGGCCUACCCUGCACUGAAGGUGCCAGGGCUCAACGCGCCCAUCCCACCAGGUGCGCAGUGGGGAAACGGGGAGGGGCAGUGGGGACAACCGCCGCGCAACGAAAACAACACGUUCCUCUUUCCUGGCGUCAUGGACGAGGUUGCGGUGGAGGAGGCGCCGCCAGUGUGUUGGGGCACCGUCCCACCCCUGGCGGCGACCAGCGGCACAACAGUUCUGCAGAGCUUAGCGGAUGCAUCACCCCCACCGCCAGCAGCAGUAGCAGCAGCAAAGGGGGCGCCACAAGCGGCAGCAAAGCCGGCUGUCAUAACUCCUGUACCGUUCCACCCGCAGGCUUACACACCAGCAACCGCAACGCGGUACAUGCCGUCUGCCCCGCAAGAGUACGUGCGUGUGCAGGAUAGCACGACAGGGGCCACCGUCGCGCUCGGAUCGGUGUUAGUGCCAAAGACGGCCGCUACAUCGGCGCCACCUGUCGCGCCUUCGCAGAUGCCAGACAAGCGCCCCGCACCACCACGACCCCCGACAAAGUUCUAA